AGAGCAGGCGCACAAUCUGUUUUUGAAAAGUAUGCUUAAAAAGUGGUAUUUCAAAAAGCAAAGCAAGGUGGCACACAUUAGCUGAACAGCCCAAGAUUUGUCAAAAUGAUAGCGUACGCGAAAGUUUCGAGCGACAACCACAGUGUAUUCCUGCUGAAUCAUCUACAAGAGCAAAUAGACGAUAUAAUCAAAAUGCCCAUCCACUUAAAAUCGUUAUCGAAACCCAAUAAUGAUCUAGAUGGUGUGUUAUGCGCUCUUUUCCAAUCAUGGAUUGGAAAGCCGUUUAAUGCCGUUGUGAAUUCAAGAGAAUUUGCGAGCCUUAAAAAAGCGUUUGACUUAUCGAUGAGCGGAAUGUUGUGGUCUCAUUGGCAACUGGACGACGAAGAAAAUCCUGUUUGAUCGUACUCGAAGUAUUAUUUAGAAUAUAAACUCAUGUGGUAUAGAUUUUUGAGCAAAUUACGGCUCGACACCAACUUCGGUGACCAUCUGAAUAAAGUGUUUAUGUUUCUUGAUACAACAUGGCAACACGAAAUUUCAAACACUGCAAUUUGACAGUUACUCAGUUGAAUUCCCAUCCGUGACCCGGACGUAAUCCGACGCAAGAUAAAUUUGCUACGGAAACGAAUGAGCAGGCAUCACUACGGUGUGGCGCUAGAGGAGGAACGACCGCAAGUUUAGCGACAU